GCACAUUUAAGAAGUAUAGAGCUCCAAAAACGGACUGUCAGAUAACUACUACUACUACCACUGGAACAAAACAGCGGCAAAUUAAAUAAAUCAAAAGCUUAUCGAAAAAAUCAUGCCCCCUCGUACUAAAGCCGAUGCUUACAGUAAAGCUGGAGGAAAGGCAUCAAGGAAAAGCAGCAUUUCAAAACCUCUGGCGAAAAGUAUUAAAAUAAAAAAAAGUAAAAGCGGUUCAUUAAACAAGCCGAUUAAACGUCCUACUCCAAAAUGGCAGAGUCCCAUCACCAAAUUUUUUACAAAGGAUGGCAAAGAAGUAGAAGAAAUUACCGACAAGGUGCACGAUGCUGAUCCGGAAAUUUUUGAAGAAAGUACUAAUGGAGAGAAUUUUGAUGAACCAAGUUGUAGCAAAAAGAUUGAAGAAUCAACCAAUGGUGAUGAAGCAGAGAACUCUAUUGAUGAGGUCAGUGAGGAUGAAGAUUCUGUUGAUAGCUGUAGUGAAUCUUUAGACAAAGAAGAUUGUGUUAAUGGGGAGAAGCAAUAACUUGUGUAAACCUUAAAUAUUCAUGUCUGUAAAUUACACAUUAAUACACAUUUGUAAAGUUUCACUUAUUCUAAAAAUAAAAUUUUAAGCAUUUA